AUGAGGCCUCGGAUUGGUCGAGGACUGGGAAGGGCGAGCUCAGCAUGGCGGAUCCGGAGCGACAGCGGCUUCAUUGGUUGUGUUCGGGCGGUGAUCAGCAUCUGCUGGCCAUGUCCGGAGAAGAGAGUUCCGAACCACGAGAAGUCCGUCACUGUGCUACAUUGCGCGGCUAGCGCUGUUGGAUGGAUCCGGUUGAACCCGAGGUAUGGGAAGUUGGACAAGAGCUCUAGGAUCGCAAGAUCUUCUCCUUUGUCCAGCUACCUUCAUACUAAGUUUCCUGGCGAAUACGACUCGGGUUCCUUGGAACAGAUUUUUGAAAGUCAGCAGACGCUCGAUGCCGUCAUCUAUGAAGGCGAGAAGCGCUCGUACCUUUAUGAGUUCACACUCCCUCCUCUCCUCCCUCCGACGUUCAAAGGGAAAUGCUUCUCGUUCACCUACGGGGUUGUGGUGGAGAUACAGCUGGAAGGGAUAGGAAACAUCGUGCCUCAGCCGCGAGUGCUCACUCUGCCCCUCCGGGUAGUGUCGCGGUAUGCGCCCCAGCAAGUACACGUCAUCCAGAUCUUCGGGCUAGAGGGAAGCCUGUACCAUGAGUUCUUAGCAAGAGCUCAGGCCCUGGAACGGGCGAGGAAUUCAAUAGGAGAGAAGAUCUUGUCAUCACUAGAGAAGCCGGCGGAGCUUGCAGUCUACGAUAGUGUUCCUUCCUCGGCACCCAUUGACAUGUCCUCGUUCAAAAUCAUGUUCGAGAACAGGCUGGUGAUGUACUUCGAAAUGCCCGAUGGUGAGUUCCACUGCGGGGAAAACAUCGCGAUCUGUUUCGACUUCAGCGAGGCUGCUGUCAAGUGUGAGAGGAUAACGGUGACGAUUGAGAGCCAAGAAACCAUCAACAAGCCUUACGCUACAUACCCGGCAGACUCGGACAACGAUCCGAACGCACAAUGCACACAGCAUAUCUCCAGGACGGUUUGCACUGAGAACCGACUGCACACCAACAUGCUCCUCACUCUUCCAGUCUCCGCUGCCCCGACGCUGAGAUCAAGUGUUGGGAGCUUCGAAUGGGAGUUGAAGCUACAAAUGACCCUGGUCAAGGACGGAGGGACCCCGGCCGGGCGGUCCGAGCUGCAGCAGACUGAAGUGCUGACGUGGAGGAGAAGUAUCGUAGUGGCUGGAGUUGAGACUGGCCUUGACGCCUUCGUGCAUGCUCGACCGUCGCGUUCUGCCAUCAUUCUAUCAUGA